GCUGAUGAAAGUUUGUCUCCCUCAGUCUGGGCUGAGAUGUCAGAGCGCCUCCAGGCCGAGCAGCCGCGCUCCCCCCGUGCGCUGCCCCCGGCCCGGCUCCCCGCGCUGCUGCCGCUGCUGCUGCUCAGCCUGCCCUGCCUGCCCUGCCUGCCCUGCCUGCCCUCGGCAUCGCCCCGCGCCCGCGGUGAGAAUGUGGACAGCAAAUUGGAGUCCUCGAGAGAGCAGAUGUCAAAGGACCAGUCAAAAGAUUAUGAGAUAACAAUUCCCUUCCUUUUGAAUGGAGAACAGUGGAGACCAGUAGAUGACAUAUAUUCAAAGGAUCACCCAGCGCUGCUGCAGUUUGUAAUUCAAGCUGAAGGCAAACAUCUGGUCAUCGAUUUGGAGAGGAAUGAGGGCCUGUUGAGCAGCAGCUUCACAGAGACCCAUUAUCUGCAGGACGGCACUGACGUGGUUCUCACGCGCAAUCACACGGGUCACUGCUAUUACCAUGGCACUGUGCAAGGGGACCCCGACUCCUCCGUCAGCCUCAGCACCUGCUCUGGACUCAGGGGAAUUAUUGUGUUUGGAAACAAAAGCUACAUUCUGGAGCCAUUAGAAGGUGCUACAAAUGAACACAGGAUCUACCGAGCAGAGAAUCUGAAAAUAGCCCCGGGAUCCUGCGGCCACCAGCUGGACAUCUCUGCCCCGAGAACUGAUGACAAUGACACAUCACACCAUUCUCAAGCUGGCAGGUACAAGAGGGAGACUCUGAAGACAACGAAGUAUGUGGAGCUUGUUAUUGUGGCAGAUAAUCGGGAGUUUCAGAGGCAAGGCAAGGAUGUGGAAAAAAUCAAGCAGAGGCUGAUAGAAAUUGCAAACUACGUUGAUAAGUUCUACAGGCCACUGAAUAUCCGGGUAGCCCUGGUCGGAGUGGAAGUGUGGAAUGACAUGGAUAAGUGCUCUAUUUCUCAAGACCCUUUCACCAGCCUCCAUGAGUUUCUGGACUGGAGAAAGCUAAAGCUGCUACCUCGUAAACCCCACGACAAUGCCCAGCUCAUAAGCGGGGUGUACUUCCAAGGGACCACCAUUGGCAUGGCACCCAUCAUGAGCAUGUGCACUGCAGAGCAGUCUGGAGGAGUUGUCAUGGAUCACUCUGAAAACCCUCUGGGUGCAGCAGUCACACUGGCUCAUGAACUGGGGCACAAUUUUGGGAUGAAUCAUGAUACCUUGGAGAGGGGCUGCAACUGCAAAGCGUCUACUGAUAAAGGAGGUUGCAUCAUGAACCCCUCGACUGGCUACCCAUUUCCCAUGGUAUUCAGUAGCUGCAGCAGGAAGGACCUGGAAAACAGCCUGGAAAAAGGAGUGGGAAUGUGCCUCUUUAACCUGCCUGAGGUCAAGGAGUCCUUUGGUGGCCAGAAGUGCGGGAAUGGCUACGUGGAAGAUGGAGAGGAGUGUGACUGCGGGGAGCCUGAGGAAUGUACAAACCGGUGCUGUAACGCCACUACCUGCACCUUGAAACCAGGAGCAGUGUGUGCACAUGGACUCUGCUGUGAAGACUGCCAGUUAAAACCAGCGGGGAUUUCUUGCAGAGAGUCCAGUAAUUCCUGUGAUCUGCCAGAGUUUUGCACGGGAGCCAGCCCUCAGUGCCCAGCCAACGUGUACCUGCACGACGGGCACACGUGCCACGGGGUGGACGGGUACUGCUACAACGGCAUCUGCCAGACCCACGAGCAGCAGUGCAUCACCCUCUGGGGCCAAGGUGCGAAACCUGCUCCUGGGAUCUGCUUCGAGAGAGUCAAUUCUGCCGGUGAUCCUUACGGCAACUGCGGGAAAGACUCCAAGAGCUCCUUUGCUAAAUGUGAACCCAGGGAUGCCAAGUGUGGAAAAAUCCAGUGUCAAGGAGGAGCAAACCGACCCGUGAUCGGUACCAACGCUGUCUCCAUAGAAACCAAUAUCCCACUUCAGGAAGGUGGCAAGAUCCUCUGUCGUGGUACCCACGUGUAUUUGGGUGAUGACAUGCCUGAUCCUGGUCUUGUACUGGCAGGAACCAAGUGUGAAGAUGGAAAAAUUUGCCUCAAUCGCCGGUGCCAGAACACGAGUGUUUUUGGGGUCCACAAAUGUGCAACAAAGUGCCAUGGACGUGGAGUCUGCAACAACAAGAAGAACUGUCACUGCGAGGCCGACUGGGCCCCCCCGUUCUGUGACAGGCCAGGCUUUGGUGGCAGCGUGGACAGUGGACCCAUCAGACAGGCAGAUAAUAAGAGUUUGACCAUAGGAGUGUUGAUAACCAUCCUGUGCCUUAUCUUUGCUGGAUCAAUCAUGUACCUGAAAAGGAAGACUUUCAUGAGAUGGUUGUUUACAAGUAAGAAGACAACAAUAGAGAAAUUAAGGUCUGUGAGUCCAGCAAGACCUUCCAGUUCAUCUGAGCCUAAUCACGUACAUACCACAGCUAUUAGUAAAAAUCUCAUCACGAAGCCACAAAACACAACCACACAAAAAAGAGAUGGCCCCAGACGGCCUCUACCCUAUCAGAUCAUCGACAUCAGCAACCCUGUGAAGACACACGAUUUGCCACAACUGAAAACACCACAGCGAGUCCUGCCACCCCUUCCCCAGCUGCCAGGCCACCAAGCUGGGCCUGAAAGACCCUUGCCAGCCAACCCUUCACUGAGGUUCUCCCAGGAGCUCCCCAAGCCCAGCCCUCCUCGGAAGCCUCUCCCAGCAGAUCCUCUGACCAGAGCGCGCAGCUCCUGCACAGCCGUGCCUGGACACACAAAGGCUCUGCCUCAAGUCACCCCUGCAAGACCUGCUCCCAGACAUCCACCACAGGUAACCAGGUCCAGCAACGCUGUGGAUGUGAAGUGACUGGAAAACCUGACACCUUUGUUUUAAAAAGUGAAGACAGACGUUUGCACUAUCUUUCAACUCCAGCUGGAGUUCAUUUCUAUGACAAUACUUAGAAUUUUUAAUGUUUAAAACAGCAUUAUUUUUAAGAAUUCUGAGCUACUGCCUUUGGUGCUGUGCUGUGCUAUGGUGCUCUGUAUACUUGCUCAGGUACUUGUAAAUUAUUAAUUUAUGUUGAAUAUUUAUUACAGUGCAGUGCACUGUAAUAGAUAUUUUUACCAUAGCUGAGUUUUCCUAAAAAGGAAGCCUUUUUUUUGUAAUAUUUCACUGAACUUGAAUAAUUCUGCUCUAUUGGUCCUAUGUAGGCUUUUUAGUUUUGGUCUAUUCUUUGAGGAGUGUUGAUACUCACAGAUAAAUCAAACGUGUAACCAACUCAAUCUCAGUGGAUCAGAACAAACUUUGGAAUAAAUAUGUCAGGGUACAAAGGAAAAAUCUGUCCUGGAACACAGUGAAAUGCCUGAUAUCUGCACAAGGAGGUGUAACAUGUACUUAGCCAUAGGCUCACUCCGUACUGUAAUUUCAUGUUACUGUUUGAAAUCAUGAAGAAAUCUGUGCUGAAAGAGAAUGUAUUCACAAGUUCUCUCACUGAAGAAGUACUGUAUAUCAGAAAACUGUAUUUUUUUUAACCUCAUUUUCCUCAAACACCACAUGGUUAGUACAUAUUAAUGCAGAUAUCAGGCCUCCCACUGUCAUCUCCUUUCUGAUGCUUUGCUAAUUCAAUUCAACCACCUCUGUUGCAUCACUGUCCUGAUCACACUGACAGCACACUACAGGUAUGGGGGAAAGCCAAGCAUUACAAAGAAUUACAUUUUAAGACUCAACUAUUAUACUUAUUUCUUUUGCCUCACCGCUCUGCUUAUCAACUGUAUUUUGCAUAUUUACUACUGUUUUGUAUUUAACUUCUACAGUGUUGCUCUGGGUUUCUUGAUUCUUGAAUCAAAAUGUGUAUUUUGGUUAUCCUAAGAUGUGGAAGAAAAUAAUUCAUCUCUACUUUGUGGCAGCACUACAGCUGAUCUCUUCUGUACCUUCUCAGUAGCACUGCUGAACACAGUUGUUUCACCUAUGUUGGAACGACAACAAUUUUCAAAUAUCAGUUGAAACAGAGGGAGAAGAAACUAGUACCUUAUAUAGGUUGGUUUCCU